AUGCCCCAGCAGUUUAUCAAGGUGAAAGAACACUCGGCUGCCCUUCCAAAAACCGCUUUUGCCAGUUCCAUGAAAACUCCAGACUGGGAUUCAUCUUCGAAUUUAUCAAACUCUGUGGGAGAUAUAUGCAGGAUAUGCCAUUGUGAAGCUGAUGCAGAUAAUCCACUUUUGUCUCCUUGCUUCUGCUCUGGCAGUUUGAAGUAUGUCCAUCAGACAUGCCUCAGACAGUGGUUAGCUGCCUCAGAUACAAGAUCAUGUGAACUCUGCAAGUUCAAUUUCAUUUUACACACCAAAAUCAAACCUUUUUCAGAGUGGAGGAUCCUGGAGAUGAGCAAUGUGGAAAGAAGAAGAUUGCUAUGUGCCAUAAUGUUUCACUUUGUAGCAGCUGUCUGUGUUAUUUGGUCCUUAUUUGUUCUGAUUGAUAGGGCUGCAGAGGAAGUGAGGAAAGGGCUAAUUGCAUGGCCUUUUUGGACCAAACUUGUAGUAGUAUCUGUUGGAUCUACUGGUGGUGUUGUAUUCAUGUAUAUUCAGUGCAGACAGUACUUACACCUUUUUUCUAGAUGGAAAGCACACAACCGUAUAAUACUCGUUCAAAAUGCACCCGAGAAACUACCCCCAUCCCCUUCCCCAUACUUUGAAAGGGAUACCAGGCAGCCAGUUCCUACUCAAAUAGUCACCAUAGCUGAGUACAAUCAGCCCUCUUCUGUGACCAAUUCCAAUUCACAAAAUGACAUGCAGAUGUGUUAUGUCUUUGAAAAUGAAUGUAAGGUAAAAUGUUGCAGCAGCAGUUCGUCUUCGGUACAGAAAGCCGACGUUCAUGUUGAAGAUUUGUGUGAUACGCCAAAAUUCGAAUCAGAUGCCCCAAAUUCUAUGGAUAUGUCUAGAAGUAACAUUUUAGCUUUAGAUAUCGAGUGCCCUAAUAGUAGCAGAAAAAAAUAUUCCCUGCAAAAUUCUCUAAAGACUGAUGUAGUAAGAAACAGAAGCUGUGUUUUCAAAUCUUUGCCUAACUUGAGUACCAGUAGUGAAAACUUAUUGUUGUAA